AUGCGCCAUGGCGAAGAAUGCAACAUUACCGACUGUGUAGCUUAUUCGUACCGCACUGUCGAGCAUCUUCUCGGGCGCAUCCAGGAUCUCGAGCGUCGCUUGGCCGCAGUAUCAUCCACGUCUGCCUCGGAGGCUGUGAAUCGUACAGAUCGUUCGACUUCAGUCGCACAGAGUCAAGAUAAGGCAUUGUCGAAAGAGGCUGAGGAAAUCGGCAUACUAGCUAUUGGAGGGCCAUCUCCAUACUCGGAAGGGGCGUACGUCGGCAGCGCCUCGGGCUCGACGUUUGCUCGGAUCUUCUUCAAGCAGCUUUCUCUGACAUCCGACCAAUUCAAUGGCGCAUCUUUGGGUCGCGAUGCACCAAACCUGUCCCGCGACUUGACUUCUCGCCAAGCAUCGUUGCCGUCACAGUCCAUCGCCAAGCACUUGCUUACACAAUACAUUGCGCGGGUACACGUCUGGUGGCCCUUCCUAGCAGUACCAUUUCUCCGUAAUGUCUUCAAUCAGAUAUACCAGGAUCCUCAGCAAUCUAGCGAUUAUGAGAAAUUUCUCGUAUUUGCUGUCCUUGCCUUGGCCAGUCGCGAGGCGGCGGCGGGAGGUGUACGCACGAUGGACCUGAAUUCGCCAAGCUCAUACUAUCAAACUUGUCUCAACUUCUUCUCGGGCUUUCGUGAACGUGCCUCGGCUCGCAAAUUGCCGUCAAUCCAUGCCACUCUUUUACUCGGUUUGUGGCUCCUGGAUGCUCCAAACGGCCUUGCGGAGCUAUGGCAUCUCAGUCGCCAUGCCAUGUCCAGUGCAAUAGAAGCAGGACUGCAUCGCCAUAACACGGACUGGGGCCUCGGUGAUGAUGAAAUGGAGAUUAGGAACCGCACCUGGUGGUCGGUGUAUAACCUAGAACGUCAGGUAGCUACCAUGACAGGCCGUGUCCUGUCCAUCCGAGAUCAUGCUAUAGAGACACCUCUCCCAAUGUUAAGAAAGUCGCUUGACAGCAUAGCCGGCGACGAUAGCGCCACCAUUGGGAGGUCCGAACACGAAUCACAAAUCAUUGAGCCUUUUCGGCGCAUGAUCGAGCUUCGCAAACUCUCCGGACGUAUUCUCGAGUCCGUCUACGUUCGCCGGAAUGAGGGUCGAGGGAAUCACAGGGAUGUGCAAACUGAUAGUCGCCUCAACGACAGCGUCAACACAUCGCUCCAGCAAAUAUGCGCUCAAGCUGACGCCAUUGCCCUUGAGCUGUCAGCCUGGGAUGAGAGACUCUCCUCUUCAUUCUUAUCCCCACUAUCACCGAUGACCGAGCUGCGCAUAGAGUCUUGUCUACUCCAACUCCUUCUAUACCGCCCGUCCCCGGUUUUCAUGAUACCUUCAUCCAACAUGACAACUGCGUGCGGACGGGCGGCAAGGACAGCGAUUGCUGAAUGGAAUGCUCUCCAAAGACAACGCGAAAGAGACGGGACGGGAGGUGCAGUCUGCAGGUCUGUAAGGCAGCUUCAUGGGGUACUAACGGCUGGUCUUGCAGCGCUGUAUUGCGACUGGCGCACCGCACGACUCUCGACGGACCCGACAAGACUCCUCUCGGGACACCUGUGGCUCGAGUCGGAUACACGAACUUGCCUAGAUUUGAUCGAGCGCGGGAUAGUGUACGUGGGAGAGGCUAGCUUUGGCCGCUAUCGAGACAUGUUCCGUGCUGCGAGGCUCCGCGUGUAUCUCAAUGCGCCGAGUAGUGCUCGGCACAAUCCGUCGUCAGCCGGCUUAUCGGGGAUGGAGCUGGAAACCGGGGCGCCGGGAAUCGACGACGGGUUGCCGCUGCUUGGAGGAGAAAUUGACAGCUACAUUAAUCAAGUGAGCGACCUGUUUGACGGAGGCACGUUUGAGCUAGACGAGGCGUUGAAUGACUGGUAUGCCACGCUGAUGCAAGGGACAUGGACGCCUGUGGGGGCUGAAGACGCGGGGUGCUGA